AAUUAAAAAAAGAUGAUUCAUGAAGAGAAAAGCCAAGAAUAUCAUCUUGGCUCCUCCUCCAUUGAUGGCCCUUUCCCAUUUCACAAGCUGCUUGUUUAUGCUGAUGCUUUUGAUUGGGUUUUAAUGGGUUUAGGGACUUUUGGUUCUGCCAUUCAUGGCAUGGCUCAGCCCAUUGGGUAUCUUUUGCUUGGGAAAGCACUUGAUGCAUUUGGAAAUAAUAUUGGUGAUAUUGAUGCAAUGGUUGAUGCACUCUAUGAGGUGAUUCCAUUUGUAUGGUACAUGGCCAUAGCCACUUUCCCAGCAGGAAUACUUGAAAUUGGGUGUUGGAUGUACACAAGUGAGAGACAAGCUGCUCGUCUAAGACUUGCAUUCUUGCAAUCAGUGCUUAGUCAAGAAAUUGGUGCUUUUGACACAGAUCUCACCACUGCCAAAAUAAUCACCGGAAUCAGUGCCCACAUGACCAUUAUACAAGAUGCCAUUGGAGAGAAGUUGGGGCAUUUUUUAGCAAGCGUGGCGACUUUCAUAAGUGGGGUUGUGAUUGCUAUCAUAAGCUGUUGGGAAGUGUCAUUGCUCACUCUCUUGGUAGCUCCAUUGGUUAUGGCAAUUGGGGCUGCUUAUGCUAAGAGGAUGACUCUCCUUUCCUCUAUCAAAAUUGGUUAUCAAUCUGAAGCUACUUCCUUGAUCCAACAGUCAAUAUCUCAAAUCAGAGCAGUGUAUGCAUUUGUGGGAGAGAGAAGCAGCAUAAAGGCAUUUGCAGAACAAUGCGAGAAAAUGAUUGUGAUGAGCAAGCAAGAAGCAUUGGUUAAGGGAGUGGGCAUAGGAAUGUUUCAAACCGUGACUUUCUGUUGUUGGAGUCUCAUUGUAUGGAUUGGAGCCGUUGUUGUAACUGCAGGAAGAGCCAGUGGAGGGGACAUCAUAGCUGCUGUUAUGAGCAUUCUCUUUGGAGCAAUCUCGCUGACUUACGCUGCACCAGACAUGCAAAUAUUCAACCAGGCAAAGGCUGCAGGGAAGGAAGUUUUCCAAGUGAUUCAAAGGAAGCCCUCGGCAAUCAAUGGUUCAAACGAGAAGACGUUGGAGGAUAUUGAAGGCCACAUUAAUAUUCAAAAAGUCCAUUUUGCUUACCCCUCUCGUCCUCAUAAACUCGUCCUUGAAGACUUCACUUUGUCCAUUCCUGCAGGGCAGUCUAUUGCCUUAGUUGGUAGCAGCGGGUGUGGAAAGAGUACAGUCAUCUCCCUUAUCACUAGAUUCUAUGACCCUCUUCAGGGAGAUAUUUUCAUAGAUCAUCAGAACAUCAAGGAUCUGAAUCUGAAAUUUCUCAGGGAAAACAUUGGAAUAGUUUCCCAAGAACCUGCACUCUUUGCUGGAACCAUCAAGGAUAAUAUCAAAAUGGGAAAACGAGAUGCAAAUGAUCAACAAAUAGAAAAUGCAGCAGUAAUGGCAAAUGCACACUCUUUUAUAUCUAACCUUCCAAACCAGUACUUAACAGAGGUUGGACAAGGGGGAACCCAAUUGUCAGGAGGUCAAAAGCAAAGAAUAGCAAUAGCAAGAGCCAUUCUCAAGAAUCCACGAAUUCUCUUACUGGAUGAAGCCACAAGUGCUUUAGAUUCAGAAUCUGAGAGGCUGGUUCAAGACGCUCUAAAAAAGGCUAUAGUUGGGAGGACAGUCAUCAUGAUUGCCCACAGAAUGUCAACUAUUAUUGGUGCAGAUGUGAUUGCCAUCAUAGAAAAUGGAAGAGUUUUAGAAACAGGAACACACCAAAGCUUGCUAGAAAAAAGUAUAUUCUAUGGCAACUUAUUCAGCAUGCAUGAUAUCAGACCAAUUAAAGAUUCAAGCAAUUCAAACUCAUUGUCAGAACAAGGAAGUGCCCAUCAAGAAGCUUCAUCUUGCGACCUUGAUAAGGACGAGAAACUUGAGCCCAAAAAUUCUAAAAUAGAUUCUUUGAGAGCAGAAGAGAAAGAGGGAUCAAAAGAAAUAUUCUUCAGAAUUUGGUUUGGCUUGAGUAAUAUAGAGAUAAUGAAGACUAUUUUUGGAUCUUUUGCAGCAGCUGUGUCUGGCAUCUCGAAACCCAUCUUUGGAUUUUUUAUCAUAACAAUAGGGGUAGCCUACUACCACACAAAUGCAAAGCACCGUGUUGGAUUAUACUCCCUCAUCUUCUCUAUGGUGGGAUUAUUAUCAUUUUUCAUGCACACCAUACAACACUAUUUCUUCGGAAUAGUGGGAGAAAAGUCAAUGAAAAACCUCAGAGAAGCUCUCUAUUCAGUUGUACUACGCAAUGAAGUAGCAUGGUUUGACAGACCUGAAAACAAUGCUGGUUCACUUACAUCACAAAUAAUGAACACCACCUCCAUGAUAAAAACCAUAAUAGCUGAUCGAAUGUCUGUCAUUGUACAGUGCAUCUCCUCCAUUCUAAUUGCCACCACCGUCAGCUUGAUUGUGAAUUGGAGAAUGGCUCUCGUUGCUUGGGCUGUUAUGCCUUUCCACUUCAUUGGUGGCCUAAUACAAGCCAAGUCUGCCAAAGGAUUUUCAAGAGAUUCUGCUGUUGCUCAUCACGAACUAGUUUCACUAGUCUCCGAAUCAGCAACCAACAUAAGAACUAUUGCUUCUUUUUGCCAAGAAGAAGAAAUAAUGAAGAGAGCGAGAAUGUCAUUAGAAGAACCAAAGAGAAAAAGUAAGAGAGAAAGUAUCAAGUAUGGAAUUAUUAAUGGCAUCGCACUUUGCUUAUGGAACAUUGCCCAUGCAAUUGCUUUGUGGUACACAACAAUUUUGGUUCACAAAAGACAAGCAUCCUUCGAAGAUGGCAUAAGAUCAUACCAAAUUUUCUCCCUCACAGUACCCUCAAUCACUGAACUGUGGACAUUAAUUCCAACUGUCAUCUCAGCCAUUGGCGUACUAACUCCAGCAUUCCACACACUUGACCGGAAAACUCUUAUUGAGCCAGAAAUACCAAGAGAUCCAAAAAUAGAGAAAAUUGAAGGAAGAAUUGAGUUUCAAAGAGUAAAAUUUAACUACCCAACAAGGCCAGAAGUCAUUGUUCUUACCAACUUUACCUUAGAAAUCAAAGCAGGAUCAAGGGUGGCUCUUAUUGGACCAAGUGGAGCAGGCAAGUCUUCCGUUUUGGCACUUCUGCUCAGAUUCUAUGAUCCUGAAGAAGGUAAUAUCCUUAUUGAUGGGAAGGAUAUAAAAGAAUACAAUCUGAGAAUACUGAGGACACACAUAGGGUUUGUGCAACAAGAGCCUGUUCUAUUUAGCUCCUCGAUCAGAUAUAAUAUUUGCUAUGGGAUCGAGCACGUUUCUGAAACUGAACUUUUAAAGGUGGCAAGAGAAGCUAAAGUACAUGAAUUUGUCAGUAAUUUGCCUGAUGGAUAUGAUACACUUGUUGGAGAAAAAGGUUGCCAACUGUCUGGAGGACAAAAGCAAAGAAUAGCCAUUGCUAGAACUCUUCUGAAGAAGCCAACAAUUUUGCUCCUAGAUGAACCAACAAGUGCAUUAGAUGUUGAAUCCGAAAGAACUUUAGUUAGUGCUUUAGAGUCAAUAAAUGGGAAUAAUGGCUUCAGAACUACCCAGGUUACAGUUGCCCAUCGGCUCUCUACAGUGACAAACUCAGAUGUUAUUGUAGUCAUGGAUAGAGGUGAGAUUGUGGAGAUAGGUUCACAUAGCACCCUAUUGACAGCUCCUGAUGGAGUGUACUCAAAACUCUUCAGGAUACAGAGUCUUGCUGAUGUUUAAUAUUUUAAACCAUUGCAGGUAGAAUAUAAGUCUAAUAUGCUUAUAUAGAAUAGAAGACAACAAUAACUAAUUUGUUGAAGAACUUGAUUUCUAUUAUCAGGUGAAUGAUUUGAUUGUGGACUCUUACAAAUGAAAGAUUUUGUAGUUUAAAUA